GCUGCUUUCUGAGUCUGAUUUUUGUCAUCUGUAAAUUAGGACAAUGAUACCUAUCUUUCUAGAAUAGUGUGGAAAUUAAGUAAAAUAAUAUACGCCGAAGGCCUUACCACCCUGUCUGCUGUGCUGGGGGCAGUGCUGUUACUCUUGUCACCUGACCUGACCCACCUUUCCGUCUGUGUGAUGUGUCCUUCCUCACAGGAAUGGUCAGGCUCUCUGAACUGAAAUCCACAGCUCAGAAUUCCAGGCCCACCAAGGCCACCACGGCCUUGCCAGAUGACAUCAUCACCCAGCGAGAAGACACAAAGCAGCCUGGGGAGGACGACGAGGAGGACGAGCAGGAGGAGGACGAUGAGGAGCAGGAGGCAGUGGUCCCGGGGAGCCGGCCACGGAGGCGAAGGCCAGCCAAGCCGCCUGAGGCCACAGCAAAGGUGGAGCCAGAGGAGAAGUUCAGAGGGAAGAGGCAGAAGGACUUUGAUAUAUCAGAACAAAGGGAAUCCAGUGAUGAGGAGAGCCAGAAGAAAGACAGAACUCGUGCUGCCGAGGAGCCAUGGACUCAGAGUCAACAGAAACUUCUGGAAUUAGCAUUACAGCAGUACCCAAAGGGAUCCUCUGACCGCUGGGACAAAAUAGCCAAAUGUGUCCCGUCUAAGAGUAAGGAAGACUGUAUCGCUAGAUACAAGUUGCUGGUUGAACUGGUCCAAAAGAAAAAACAAGCUAAAAGCUGAAUAUUCUGGAAGAUGAUGUUCACCUUCAUUUUCCAAAAUGAUUAUUUUAAAAGUCUUAUGCAGAAAUUUACAUUUUGUACCUCAGUAUUUCUAAACGUCAUGUGCCUUAGUAAAAAAAAAAAAAAAAUUAAAAAAAAA